AUGAGAUUACGUGGUAUUAAAUUUCCUAAUAUAUCUGAACAAGAUAAAUUAUUAAAUAUACCACAUAUUUCUAAUACUUCCAAUAUGGUGACUCCCGUUACGGGGUCAGGUCCAACGUCCACCAAUACUACUCAUACUACUACUUAUACACAUCCUUCUUAUACUAAUCCCUCUACUACCAAUACUAUGACUACUGGUAUGAUGGAUGAUAGAAUAAUUGGAUUAGAAGAAUUGGAUGAAUUAUUAUAUAAUAUAAAUAAUAAUAAUUAUACAAAUGAAUAUAUUAAUAAUAUUAGAAAUAAAUUAAUUAUUAGUAUUAAUAUUUUAUCCAAUAAAUCAACACUUAAUAAUUAUCAAUCACAAUUAUUAGAUAAAAUACUUAAACUUAAUGAUUCUUUAUUAUUAUUAAGUAAUUCCACCGUUACGGUGACUGGUACUACUGACACUGAAGGUACUGAGGUUACUAAGGAUACUCAUACUAAGGGUACUAGUAGUAUGGGUACUAAGAGUACUAGUAAUAUGGGUAUUGGUAGUUUUAUGAGUAUUGGUAGUGAUGAGAUUGGUGAGAUGAGGAAGACCUCUUCGGGUGGAUUUGUUGGUGGACCAGACACCGUAACGGGAAACACCGUAAUGGAUAUGGAAAAUAAUAUGUUGGAAUUGGAUGAAAUAUUUAAUUUUAUAAAUUUUAAUGAAAAAAAUGAACAAUUAAUUGAUGAAGAUGAUGAAGAUGAAGAGGAAGAAGAAUUAAUUAAUAAUUUCAUUAAUUUAUCUACACCAAAACAAAUUAUAAGUACUUCCGUUACGGAGCUUGGUCCCACAGAAAGUACUAAUACCACUGGUACAGUUGUACCUGGUAGUAGUUUUACUGAGGAUAUAGGUACCACUGGACCAAGCACCGUUACUGAGGGAAAGGGACCUACUGGAACUGAUGAAACCCCUUUCGAAGGUGGCCGUGAUACUAACACCGUUACGGAGGAUACUACUAAAGAUGAAAAGAAAAAGAAUAUAUCAGAAUUAGUAUCAGAAUUAGAUAAUUUAGAAAUGGAUUUCGGACACAUGUCAAUGAACAAUUUUUAA